AUGAAAGCAAAAUACUAUCUUUUUCAUAUCAAAUUUCAAUUAUCUUCUAAAGCAGAUUCCGGAAAAACUGUGACGAAAUCUUUUCCAACAUCUAAAGCAACUGAGAAAUUAAAACAUAAAAACCCUCUUUUCGAAAAAAGGCCCAAAAAUUUCGGUAUUGGUCAAGAUAUCCAACCUAAACGUGAUUUAACACGUUUUGUUAAAUGGCCUCGUUAUAUACGGCUUCAAAGACAAAGGAGAGUUCUUUAUAUGCGUUUAAAAGUCCCUCCUGCUAUUUCACAGUUUCAGUUUACUUUGGAUAAAAACACAGCAAUUCAACUUUUUAAGCUUCUUAAUAAAUAUAGACCUGAAACUAAAAUUGAAAAAAAACAACGGCUUCUUAAAAAGGCAGAAGAAAGUCUGGAAGAAGCUUCGAUUAAAAGCUUUGGAAAAAAACCAUUUUUCGUUAAGCAAAUGUCUCUUAUCGAAAACAAAAAAGCAUCUCUUGUAGUAAUUGCAAGUGAUGUUGAUCCUAUUGAGCUGGUUGUGUACCUUCCCGCACUUUGUCGAAAAAUGGGUAUUCCUUAUUGUAUUGUGAAAGGCAAGGCACGUCUUGGAGCAGUUGUUCAUAAGAAAAAUUCAACAGCUCUUGCUUUUACUGAAGUUAAAUCUGAAGACAAAAAUACUUUAGCUACUCUAAUUACUGCUAUUAAGGUUAAUUAUAAUGAUAAAUACGAUGAAUCUAGACGUAUAUGGGGAGGUGGCAUAAUGGGUCAAAAAAGUAUCGAUGCUACUAUUAAAAAACAAAAAAUUAAUAAUCGAUCCACUAAAAUUUAA